GAUCUGGGUUCACAAGUCAUCGCCAUGUCAGAAGGCAUUUGUAACAAACUAGCGCUCAUCUAUGAUCCUGAAAUUGUCCUUAAUAUGCAGUCGGCGAAUGGUAAAAUUGACCGAUCCUUGGGCCUGGCAUGCAAUCUUCUAUUCCUCAUUGGUGACAUUACCCUGUACCUAUAA